AUGAUUCCGAUUUAUGAUGAACCACCAGCCUGUAUUGAAUCGAUUAAUUAUGUCAAAUCGCCCAUGCCCAAGCUUUAUCCUUAUAACGUUCCGAAAUAUGUGAGCCUUAAUCGGCUCAUCCUAUUAAUGACCGAUGAGAAGAGAUCAGAACCAUUCCUUUCAUCGGUGUUUUGGUGGUGCUAUCGUGGAUUUGUCAAGCCUAAAAUUAUAUUGCAAAAGCUCAUUGAGAGAUUUGAUGUUCCCAUGCUCUCUUCUCAAUCUACCACUCCCGAAACGAUCAUGCCAUCUUCACCCUCUUCUGCCUUUUUGCCUUUGGCUAUAUCUUCGUCCUCACUUGCUUCGAUGUCACCAUCCACUGCAACCGCCAAUACUCCAUCACCGUUUACCCAAAUCAUGGGAGAACAAGUUUCUCCCGAUGAAAUGCAUUACAACAUCGAUGUUCGAAGUAAUAUUCAACUCUCCGUUGCAAAAUUAUUACUGGACUGGGUCGAAAAGUAUUAUUUCGAUUUUGACGACAAGAUGGUUCGUCAAUUAACCAAUUUUUGUACUUCUCGAAUGAUGGAGAGUGUGGCUUCAUUCAUUGCAAAGAAAAUACUGAAUGCCAUGAAAACUUCCUCUCGCCUACCUCAUUGGGAACAACAGCAACUGGAAGAAAAAAAGUUACAGACUGCCUCACAAGAAGGCUCCUCUUCUCCGUUCUCUCCAGGUGCAGCCACAACGAACCUUGACUCUUCGCCUGAAUCAAGAAAAGGACAACCCUCAACGCCAAAAAACACCUCUUCUGCUACCACAACAGACGUAAAACAAGUCUCCUUAUUGAAACUGGAACCAAGGGAAGUUGCAGAAACACUUACCUUACUCGAUCAUAGCAUCUACAACAAGAUAAAAUUCACAGAAAUGCUUGGUCAAUCGUGGAAUAAGGACAAGAAGCGUUACAUGGCUCCCAAUAUUAUCAAUGUCACCACACUCUUCAACAAGAUUAGCAAUUUUUGUGUGCAUCAGAUUGUGAGCGAGCCUAAUAUAAUGUCACGAAAGAAAAUUCUUGAAAAUCUUUUCAAGACGUGUGAAAUAUUGCGCGACAUGAACAGCUUCAACAUGGUCAUGGCCAUCUACAGUUCGUUUGUAUCAUCAUCAGUCUCACGUCUCACUGACACAUGGGGCAUGCUUGACGAAAAAGCCACAAAACAAUACGAAGAUAUUUGUAAAUUUGUUUCCACAGACAACAAUCAGAGAAUUCUCAGAGAUGCCAUGGAUAAGGCAUAUGCUGAUGGCGAACCCACCACUCCAUAUCUGGGAAUUUACCUUCGAGACUUGGUAUUCACAGACGAUGGUAAUCCAACGUUAAUUGACGGAAAAUUGAAUUUCUUUAAGGCCAUCAAUCAAUAUGCCAUCAUGUUCAAUAUUUUAAGAUUCCAAGGAAGAGAAUAUUCAUUCGUCAUGAAAGAAGAGUUGCAAAUGGCCAUUGAAACCUACAGACCAAAGAGUGAGGAUGAGUUAUAUAGCAUGUCCCUCAAAACUCAACCACGAAAGCAGUAA